AUGGCCGAACCGCCAGGUUCAAAAGACACAGGGUGGUCAGAUGGUGAAGCAUUAACUAAUGUCUCGUUUGUAAAAGAUGUCAAGCUUGUGUCCAUCGAGCAUCCGGCCAUUGUUAACGAUGUUGAUAAAGCGUUGUCCACACUUGGAGGAUGUAAAGAAUUGUCUAAGACAUUCUGUCAAACCAACAAACGAAUUGCUUUGCGUUGGAGACCUCAGGAUAUCUACUGUAAGUCAGUAUAUGGAGAGCGAUACCCCACCACUAACUUACUGAUGAAGGUGAAAAGAAGAUGGAGAAAAGAUAAGCCAGAGGAAUCACAAUAUAAGAUCCAGGUCCUUGGCGUUAUUGACAUCACUUACAAAUUCCAAGCUAUGGUAGACUACCAGUAUUUGCCUGUGGUACGACAGCCAGACCUGAGUUACACCUGUGUUAGCGAUAAGCUUGUUCUGAACAAGCUGUGUGACCGCCGUGAGUUUCUAGACAACGGUUGCCCACUCUUCCUUCCCCCCAGUAGCUUCUCAAGGAUGGACUUCCCAGACAAAAGUUACCUCCUCCGAAAGGACAUUGAACAUAGACCUGGAUAUGUCAAUCCAGAUCGCAACCGUCCUCAAAACCUCAUUGGCACUGUGCGCCAGAAGAGAACAAUUUUUACACAGUUCUGCAGCUUUGGAGAUCCUGUCCCAGUCAGCGUAUCAGAGAAAGUCAAGACUGAUCUGAGAUCAAAAUACAACAAUCCUGAGGCUGAACAGAAACUUAGACAGCUUUUUGAGGAGCGUCCAGUUUGGUCUAGAAUGGCACUGUAUCCACAUUUUCCUAAGAAUAAGCAGAAACUGAAGUACCUACUACCACUGACAGGGUUCUACUACUUAAGUGGUCCUUGGAGAUGCUUGUGGUGUAGGUUUGGGUUUGACCCUCAAAAAACUCCAGAAGCCAAGAUGUUUCAGACAGUUGAUUUCAGGAAACGACAAGGUUCAGUUGGGGAAAAAGUUGGUAUAAAACUGAAGAGGAAAGAAAACCUUCUGAAGUAUCAGGCAUUGAGGAGGAAUGUUGCAAGUGACACUGUCAUCAAUAUUCGUGACAUUGUUAUGGAAGAAGACGAGUCUGUGGCUAAGCCCACUUCAUCAGAGACAACAGACUCAGAAAAACUCACCAAAGAAGAAGAACAGUAUAUCUACACACCAACAACAAUACCACCAUGCAGACAGAUGUUCUACCAGCUCUGCGACAUCCGAGCUCCCAAGAUACAACACAUUAUUCAUAGGAAUGAUGGAAAGGAGAAAACAUGCACUGAGAAAGAUGGAUGGUGUGAGCCGAUGGCAAUUGACAAAUGUCGAGACCUCAUGUCAUAUUAUACUAUGAAGAUAUUGAGUAAUGAAGAGGAACAGCAGGUGUCUAUGGUAGACUACAUAGCACAGCGUAAAGCCAACUUGAGGAAGAAGAAGACGCGUUUGGCCAGAAUCAAUAAGUUUGGAGACGACAUGGUAGAAUCAGACUCGGAAAUCUCGUCAGAUGACUAUCAGAUGGAAAAAGAAGAGGUGGGUCCUUCAGGAGGGGACGGAGAGAGAGAGGAGGAAGCAGAAGAGGAGGAUGUGAAUGAAAUGGAGACAGAACUACUGGACUGCGUAUAACAGGAUACAACAUUUAUAAUUACAAUGUUGUUGUUAGUAUUCCAGCCUGCAGGAUAGAGAUGUUUAUUGAUGACGUCGUGUAACAUCUCAACUGGCAGGAUAGAUGUGUUAAGUGAUGAUGCGUGUAACAUAUAAGCCUACAAGGUCGAUAUGUUUAUUGAUGACGUCGUGUAACAUCUCAGCUGGCAGGGUAGAUGUGUUUAGUGAUGAUGACAUGUAACAUUUCAGCCUGAAGGGUCGAUAUGUUUAUAGACGUCGUGUAACAUCUCAGCUGGCAGGGUAGAUGUGUUUAGUGAUGACGUCGUGUAACAUCUCAGCUGGCAGGGUAGAUGUGUUUAGUGAUGACGUCGUGUAACAUCUCAGCUUGCAGGGUAGAUGUGUUUAGUGAUGACGUCGUGUAACAUCUCAGCUGGUAGGGUAGAUGUGUUUAUUGAUGACGGCCUGUAACAUCUCAGCUUGCAGGGUAGAUGUGUUUAGCGAUGACAUCAUGCAAUAUCCCAGCUGGCAGGGUACAUGUGUUUAUUGAUGACAAUGUGUAAUAUCCAAGCCUGCAGGGUACAUAUGUUUAUUGAUGACAUCAUGUAACAUACCAGCCUGCAGGGUAGAAGUGUUUAGUGAUGAGGUCGUGUAAAAUUUCAGCCUCCAGGGUAGAUGCAUGUUUUAAUGAUGAUGAUGUAUUCUAAUGAAUGAUUUGUGUAUAACAAGUGCUAAUAAAUGUUAGAGAUGUAUGAACAAUAUCAGUGAGAUAUCAGAGUAACAGGAGUGUUGACAAUUUGUGAGAUGUGUGAACUAGUGAGCUUUCAGAGGAACAGGAGUAUUGACAAUUUGUGAGAUGUGUGAACUAGUGAGCUUUCAGAGUAACAGGAGUGUUGACAAUUUGUGAGAUGUGUGAACUAGUGAGCUUUCAGAGGAACAGGAGUGUUGACAAUUUGAGAGAUGUGUGAACUAGUGAGUUUCCAGAGGACCAGGAGUAUUGACAAUUUGUGAGAUGUGUGAACUAGUGAGCUUUCAGAGGAACAGGAGUGUUGACAAUUGGUGAGAUGUGUGAACUUUUUUAGUGAGCUAUUAAAGGAAGUGAUGAAAAAAGUACAUGUACUUCUCGAAUCUGGGAGAGAUAAUGAGCAUUUCAUUAGAGAAAUGAAACCCUACCAGUUUAAAUGAUGUAGCAUUUCCAUGGCUAACAAAUGUAUUGGAAACAGAGAUUCAUAUAGAAAAUGUGGCUUCUUUUUUUGGGGUCAAAAUCACAAAGAUAUCUAACCAGUAUACAGGUAAGGUAGUGACGGAUAUCAAUUUGACAAGCAUGGCCAGUACACUAUACAUGUGUUACGGUGUGGAGGUCAGGGGAACCUGCCAAUUCAUAAUUCAACCCAUGCAGAUCAAACAUUUGUAAACUUCAUAUAAUCACUCCCUUCUGUAAAAUUCCUUAUGGGAGAGAUUGAGUCAGUGGGAUGGUAUGUAUGUAUAUAAUAGAUUGUGUCUUUCACAUUGAAUAUUACAGCUCAUGGUCUGCUGAAUAGUAUUCAAAUGUUUCAUGUUGUGAGAGAAAUUAAAUGAAAUCAUUGAAAGUC